AAGCCUUUUGUUGGCGCGAUAUAAAAUAUCCGAACGGCUGGCGCGGCCCAGCAGUUUGUUUGUGACGCUAACAUGGUUUACUACAUUUUUGCCUUGUUCUUUGCUACAAUUCAUAUGGUCGCAGCAGGAGACGAUGACGUCACGUCGUGCUUGGAACUGUUUAAACCCGAGAACAUAGAACAAAAUUGCUGUGAAAUUGCGGAUUUAGAAAAUAAAGAACAUUUCGAAUCCUGCAAAACCGGUGACGAAUGGGAGUGUGAAAACGCCAAAUGUGUUUUAAGAAAGUCCGAUCUAUUAAACGGCGACACUCUAGACGAGAAGAAAACCAUAGAUCUCCUAGAGAAGAUAAAGCAAAAACGUCCGGAAAGUAAGGCUAUGGUCGAUCGGGUGCGGACAGAGUGUCUGGAAGGGAAGUACGAAGAUUACCCUCCGAAGGAGGCCUGUCCACUCAUAAGGUUCCAGAUAUGCAGCUACAUUAAUGCUCUUGUGGAGUGUGACAAAUGGAAGCAAGAUGACACCUGUAAAAAGUUCUCAGACCACGCCAAAACCUGCAAGUCGGUGCUCGACAAACUUAAGGAAUGAAUCAGCCCGGCGUCAAAGAAAACAACACAAUAUUAAAAGAUAACAUUUUAUUUGUUCUUUCGGCCUCGAUCUCAUCGCCACAUCAAAAUAAUAAAAUCAGCAAGCCAUACGUACUAGAGAUAAAAAUAAAAAUUGUCACUCUAUCAACUUGAACAA